CUAUUCUCCUCCGUCACUUCCUCCCCACGUGAAACGCUCUGUACAUGUGAGGAGCACCGUGCACGUUCAUUUGCGGCAUAUUUCUUCACGUUUACAGGCCACUACAUCACACAGAGUCAUCUUAUGAUCAUCGAUAGCAGGACUAUGGAGUCGGCAGGGGAGGAGGACGAGAUGUUCGGACAAGAAUCCGAUGCAAACAGUGAAUUAUCAGACGGGGAGCUUCAAGAAGCCUUUGCAAAGGGAUGGUUGAAACCGGGCAUGAACGUUUUGGUGGAUAAACCCAAACAGUUUGUCAACAACGUGGAGGGUUUGAAGCAUUGCCUCGCUGACCUCCGUAAAGACAUCCCCUGGGUGGAGAGGUUGGACAUGACCAACCCGCCGGCCAAAGACAUUUCCCAACCCGAAGGGAAAAUUCUAAGUGUGAAAAAUGGAGAUGUGGAUGCAGAGGAUGAUUUCCAGAGAGAGAUGUUUUUCUACCGCCAAGCUCAAGCUACAGUUCUAGAUGCAUUGCCUCUCCUAAGCAAGCACGGCAUACCCACCAAGAGGCCUGACGAUUACUUUGCAGAGAUGGCCAAGUCUGAUCAGCAGAUGCAGAAGAUCAGGAAGAAGCUGAUCUCCAAGCAGGAGAUACUGGAGAAGUCUGAGAAGGCCAAGAAACUGCGUGAGCAAAGGAAGUUUGGCAAAAAGGUCCAAGUAGAAGUGAUACAGAAGCGGCAGAAAGAGAAGAAGGCUAUGAUGACUGCUGUGAAGAAAUACCAAAAAGGAAUGACCGACAAACUGGAUUUCUUGGAAGGAGACAAGAAGAAGGGUAAAGAGCCGGCUCAGGCCUCCAAUAAAGCGACAAACAAGAAAGGUCCCAAUGCAAAGAGAAAAUACAAAGACCAGCGGUUUGGCUUCGGGGGCAAGAAGAGCGGAAAGAAGUGGAACACCAAGGAGAGCCACAAUGACGUUUCCAGUUUCCGCGCAAAAGUGGCCAAUUCAAAGGGCAGCAAGGGAGGAAAGAAAGGGGUCAAGGGAGGAAAACAAAACAAACGCCCGGGCAAGUCCACGCGCAAGAAGAUAAAGUCUCGCUCUUAAACAUGGACGGAUGCUAGCUGGACUUUGACUGUGUGUGAAUGCAAGGUUUCCCUCACCUGCUCCUCACGUCUCUCAUCAGGGGACAAAGGAGAUCAAGGACUUUUCUUACAAACUUCUUUUUUUUUUUUUUAAUUUAAGAUGUCUUCAGUAAAGUGUGUCUGGAUCAGUGUUGAGGGCCUUUUCAAGUCACACUUAAACAAUCACACAUACUGAGAGAAAGAGACAUUUUGCGAAAGAUGAUUCUUGAUGGUCCACCUUUGCAGAGAUGUAAACCCAUGAUAGAAUACUUACCCACACCACAAAAGUGUUUUCUGAAAAUAGAGGAUGUCUUUUCUUCUUUACUACUUAAAUCAUUGUCUGUGGACAUAAUACAUUUUCCAUGUGCAUAUUUCAUAGGGUUGUUUUUAAAGCAACUUUCUGAUUACUCCAUGUUCAUUCUGGCCUUGAAAACAAAGUCUUCUUGAUUUUGGAGGAGUUUUAUUUUUUUCUAACAGCUCCUCUACUCAUUUAUUCUCUCCCGUGUGACAUGACAUUUUAUGAUAUUGAGCAGCUGUUAGUUUGCCCUUUCUCCUAUUCAUUAAUAUGAUUAGUAUGUCAUGAGUAAGUGUGCGUUGUAUAGACUUGGGCACAUGUUUGCCCUCCAAGUGUUUUACUAAGAAUGGCAUUCUAAAGAUCAGCUUUUUGCAAGACACCUGUAUGAUAAACAAAUCUGAACAAAAAUGGAUCUCUUUUUAAUCAUUGGCAUUACAUUGCUUGUUACUUUUUGAUGCAUA